UCAUCAUCUGCUCUGUAAGGAGAGAACAGGCCAAGACAACCAUUGUGGCUGUGGGAUGGCUGACAAUGGGAGUCAGCAAAGUGGGGGCAGUGGCAACAAAUGUCAGCAAGUGCAAGAUGGACAACCUUCUGCCAGAUCAAAGAGAGACAGGCAGGAGGGUUGGUCUAGAGGUCCGAGGAGUCUGUUCCUUAAGAGAUGUGACAACAAUGGCUUUGGUUUUACAUUGCGCCACUUCAUUGUCUAUCCUCCUGAAUCUUACACUGUUCUGCAAGGCGAUCGACGGCUUGGUUUGCGCCAUGGAUUUGGUGAGCAGGGUCCAGGAUCAGCAGCGUUGGAUGAGCCUAUGGACACUAUCUUUGUGAAACAUGUUCGUGAAAACAGCUCUGCACAUGCAGCUGGUUUGGCUACAGGUGAUCGCAUCAUCAGUGUGAACGGAGAGACCAUCACUGGACGUUCUUAUGCACAAGUUGUGCAGUUAAUACAACAAAGUGGAAACUUCCUGCAUCUCUUAGUUGUCCCUAAAGAAGAUGACAUUUUGCAGUUGUACUUUGGUGAGACAGCUCAUAACCCAGAGACUAACCAGAGGCCAUCACGUAUGAAGGCACCUGAGAAAUCAGCUCAGCAUCGUCAUAUUGGGCAAGCCAGUAUGAUGCGACAGCAAUCACCAGUUCCCUUUUCAUCACUACAGCCCACAUCACAGCAACAGCAUGCAUCAUCACUACCUUUGCCCCACAACCCGUGUCAUCAUCGCCGAGUGCACGUCACAUCACAGAACCAAGCCAGCUCUCAACCCUUUCUACCAACUUCUCCUUACCUAGUUGAUAACCAAGGAGAAAACACUGCUACUUUUCUGCAAACAAGCCACUCAGCGAUGUCCACUGCAACGAACAAUUCAGAUAUCUGGUCUCCACAGUGCUUGUCUACUUCUGGAAAUGAAAAUCACAGUGGAACUGUCGAGCGUGUUACAUUUUAUCAUGGUGCUAGAGGGGAAGAUACAAAUAAUGAACUUUCAAACUUUCAUUCUCAUACAAAGGGUCCGUCUGUUCGGAGGAACAGUGAAGGUAAUGGUCCAGCAGUGAACAGAGCAAGCACAUAUGGUUAUUCAGGAAAUGGAAGGGGUGGAGGUGAAAUUUUUGGAGUGGGUGGUGGUAAUGAGUUGAAUCUGUAUUACAGCGUACCUGGUAAAGAAAGGCGUGUGAGUGUGGAUAAUUCAGUAUGGAGUAGAGGUUCUGGCUCGGGUGCAAUGUACAAUUUAAGACAGAGUGAAGAUGUCAUGGGUAGUGCAGGGGGUGGUUUGGCAUAUCAGAAUUCUGAGGGAAGUAGAGGAUUGUAUCACGGACAGAAUUUAGGGUCUGCAGUUCCACUGAGUGAUAACAACAUGGCUAGUUCUAGUUAUGGUAGCACAGAGAAUGUCCACUUGACAGCAGGAAGUGUGAACAGUCUUCAAAGACUUCAUUACUCAGGUACAGCCGGUUGUAGGCUGAGCCUUGAUGGUGGGACCAGCCGGAGAGACUCUUCAGUUUCUCUGCCUUCUAAUGGUUUAGCCAGGGAUAACUAUACUACUGUCUCAGAAGGGAGCAAGGAUAGCUUGCUGUCAUUUGAUUCAUCAUCAACUCUGACUGGUGGAGGUCAAGAUCGGUGCAGCAGUGAUGACUCCUUAAUUAUGUCUAGGAUACGCAAGAGUUUUGAACAGAAGGAGGAAUUUUUGAAACGACCAAAUCAACCAAUAUCUUGGAAUAUUGCUUCAGGAAAUCAACAGCAACCAUCAUCACCCCUCUUUUCACAACAUGCCAUUAUUGCAAGAGAGUUCUAUGCUAGACCACAAAAAUUUCAACGACCUUUGUGGCCACCUCAGAAUCUUGGUUCAUGUUCUCCCACCCUAUACCAUCAGCAGUCCCCACCUAGAAGCUCCAGCAGUGGUAGGAGUAAUUAUUCGACCUCCACAAAUACCAGCACCAAGCCUACACACCAGAAUCUCCAACGCGUCAAGUCCGACAUUGACUCUGAGAGAGAUUCUUUAUCAUCACGUAGUAGUGGCGAGGAGAGAUCCUGCCAUGACGAAGCAUCAGUGGAACUUUGGGAUCAUAAUCAAAGUAGCAUUCGAGGUGAGUUUAUCUAUGGUGGUCCAGUAUCAAAUGUUCCAACCACAGCAUUAAACAAAUCUUCCUUCAGUCAGCAAACAGGCUCUCAGUUCCGUCCAAUAACGCCUGUCUCACCCAGUGCCAGCUUAACUGGUAGCAGCUCUAAUGGAGGUUCUGGAUCUCACAGACAUGGCAGUGGAGGAAAAGCUUCGUUUGUGUCAACUCUAACUCGCAUACAUGAAAACAUCCCAGUGUUAGAUCCAGGAGCAUCAGGAGAGCCAUGCACUUCAUCAGCAUUGAGUGAUGACACAGAAGAAGUGCUUGAUGUUGGUGGUGGCUCUUCUUCUCUUCCAUCAUCUCUAUCUUCAUCUCCAGCUAUAGGAGCAACAGCUGCUGAUUCUGGAACACAGUAUCCAUGUUCCUUAUCAGCCUCUAGUGAAGGAGUUAGUAAUCAAAAUCCUUCCCAUAUGCAUCCCAUGUUACAAUUGGUGUCAAGGCGUGCUCGUCAGUUUGAAACUGGUAGAUUAGAUGAAGAUGAGGGCCUUGCCAGUGACAGAACAAGCCUGUAUCGCAGUGAACUGUCUCGCCUGUCAUCAAAACGCAGUGUCCCUAAUGUAGCUGUUCGUAAGAGGGAAUUUGAAUCAAGAAGUACAAGUGCAAGUGGUGGAGCAAGGGAUGGCAGAAGGAUGAAUCGAGAGAGCAGAUCACUAGAAAGUGCAGCGGUGACACACUCACAGAAAUAUGGAACAGCAACGACAGGCAGUAUCUUAUCUGGGAACCGCCUGAUCCCUGUAGGUGGCAAGCAGCUCCAUUGUGAACCCCCUCGUGAUUUCUCCCAGCACAGGACAGAUAUACCAUCUAAAGAAAAUCAACAUGAAACAAAUGAAGUGGUUAAGUUGCGAGCACGUUCCAAUUCAGCUGAGUCUUGGACAGCUGUCAUGGGUUCUCCAUCACGGCAGGGCUUAACUUGCAAUACUCAGGAAUGGCUACACGAUGGGGAAGACGACCGUGGUGAAGGGGCCAAUGAACCACAGAGACAUAAAGCCGUUCGUCAGGACUCUUAUCUUGCUGCUGUUCGUACGCCAGUAACAGCAGAACGCAUGGCCAGAUUGCUUAAGCGCCAAGGUGCAUUUCCCAUGGAUGAACAUGAAGAGAUGGACAGCCCUCCUUCUUCCUCUGACUCCACCAUACCUCCUCCUGCUCUCCCUGCUGCAGUUAGACCCAGCCAGCUUCUUAUUGCUAAUCCUCUUCGGCCAGCUGAGCCACAACCUGUGACUUCCUCUCCCACUUACGGGGUUGAAGAAGGGUCCAUGACUGAAGCACAUGAUGGCAUCAGGAAGCUCAUGUCUGCUGUCAGUAACAUCUCACCAGUUCCUGUUAGUACAAUUCCUAGUACACUUUCAAGUGACAGUAGCAUUGCUGUCACUACGUCAACUCCUGACACAUCAGGUGUUAUUCGGCGUCAGAAAAACCAAAAUGUUUCGGAAGAGGAACGACUGGUGCGGAGGGUGUCCUACCUGAAGGCCACAUGGGGUGAUCGCAUGCAUGUGGAUAGCGACCUAGACCUCAGUGAUGCGGAAUCACCGCGCAUGCAGCUUCGAAGUGCCCACAGACGGUGGCGCCCUCCUUUGUUUCCUGAUGACAUUCAACGACUGAAACGGCUCUUUGAAGAAGCCGCAGCUCCAUCACCACAACCGACUCCAGCUCCUGCUAGGCAACAGCAGUGCAGCAGCAUUGGAACCGAGCCCACCAACACUGCAGAAACCCUCCGACCAGAAAGUACCAAAGAGAAUCUUUUGAGAGAAGGAUGGCUGCACUGCAAGAUAACGCUCGUGGAUGGCAAGCGAGCUGGUGACAGGUCAUGGAAGCAGGUGUGGGCAGUUCUCAGAGGCCCCAUUCUCUCCCUGUACAAGGAAAGACGAGAUUCUCAGCAGCAGCAACAGACGCCUCUGAAUGUGGGUGAUACUAUCAGUGAGCAGCAGUGUACAAACAGUGCAGUUGAUGUAAGAUGUAGUCAAGUUGACAUUGCUGAUAACUACACCAAAAAGAAACAUGUUCUGCGUCUGAACACCCUCAGCGGCUCGGAACUGCUGCUUCAGGCGGAGGAUUCUGAGAAUAUGGUGCAGUGGAUUCAUGCUCUUCAAGCCCAGGCUAAUGGGAAGGAGGAUUGCAGUUCAGGUGGCAGCUCAAAGCAGCAGCAGCAAUUAACACAGGCAGCAGGGGGUGUGGGUGGUGGAGGAAACAGCCGAUUGUCUCCUCUCCCUGCCCACAAGGGUAUCCGCAAAUUAACAUCAUUUCGCAAUCGUUCACCCACAGGACAGUCACCAAUCAACAAAACACGCAAACCAAGUCAAACAGAUCAAAUUCCAUCUCCAAAGACCAAAACAUGGAAAGGCAGAGUGGCCAAACAGCUGCGCCGCAUUCAGCAGGGUUCAGGGUCUCCCAGUUCUCCCACAGCUCCCAAUCCAGAGGGUGUGACCAUUGGUAUUCCUCUGGAAGACUGCCCACAAUCAUCUUUCUCAGAGUUUGUCCCAUUGCUGGUGGAGCUGUGCACAAACAUUGUGGAGUUGCGAGGACUUGACAUAAUUGGCAUAUAUCGUGUACCAGGGAAUACAGCUGCUGUGUCCUCACUUACUGAGGGAGUCAAUAAAGGAUUUGACAGCAUUAAUCUACAGGAUCCUCGCUGGAAUGAUGUAAAUGUGAUCUCUAGCCUACUGAAGUUGUUCUUCAGACGACUGCCAGAUGCUCUUCUAACUAGUGAGCUGUAUCCACUAUUCAUUGAAGCAGACAAGAUUGAGGAUCCUGGUAAAAGAAUAGUCACCAUCAAAAAGCUGUUGCAUGACCUACCAGACCAUCACUUUGAGACACUCAAGUUCCUUCUGCUUCACCUAAAGAAAGUGGUGGAACACAGCACGACAAACAAGAUGGAGGCACGCAAUCUUGCCAUUGUAUUUGGCCCCACAUUGGUGCGCACAGCUGAUGACAACAUGGUCACUAUGGUUACUGACAUGUCACAUCAGUGCCGAAUUGUUGAAUCGCUUAUCUCUCAUGUUGAUUGGUUUUUCUCUGAUGACGAAUCAGAUGAUUUCAGCAACUUUCCAUUUAGCUUCCCGCAAGAUUCUGCUGAGCUAGAACCUGCCUCAGCAAACCACAACCUUCUGCUGAGCAAUAUUCAGAAAGUUGAAGGCAUGAAAGCAGAUUCCCCAAACAAGGACAUAUGUGCCAAAGAUAUUGUUUCAUCCAUCAUUUCUGCAGCGAACCGCAAGAUGCAGAAGGCCAAAUCAAGGAAAGGAGGAGGAAGUAGUGGAAGUGGAACAGGAGUGGAGGAUUGCAAAGAAACAUCUGGUGAAGUCAGGGAAAACACAGACAUUAAACAGCAUACAUUGGAGAGCAAGUCAAAACGCAAAGAGUCUGUGUCAGCUUUUGAAAGUGGUGAUCAGCCCACAUCAACUGUGGCGUCAUCCAUCUAUGAAUCAGUUGUCUUCUCAGGGAACAUAGUUAAAAGUAUUCACACAGGAGAGAAUGAGGAUUCAGCAGCACCAAGUGAAGCCGCUUGUAUCCCAGAUCAUUCUUUAGCUCAUGUAGAUUCUGGUGGUGGAGAAAUGCAAGCAGAAGGCAGAUUCAAUAAGCCAGAAGGUUCCAGAAAGGAUGAGCAACAGCAGCAGCCUUUAAGACAAGAUGGUGGUAGCAUGCCUGGGAGUGAUGAGGGAACAAUAAGAACAUAUGCUGGUCUUUCAGCAACAACUCAGGAACGUAUACGCAGGUUUGAACGUGAGACAAAGGCAAUGCUACAGCGUGAUCUUACAAGACAGCGCCGUGACACUGAAUGGAGAGAAGCAGAUAAGAAGAGAAUUGAAAUACAACUGCAGCAGGCAAAACGUGACAUGGAAAGUGAAGACUUUCUGGAUGAAAUUGCUGAUAACCCAUCAGAUAUUACAAAGAAGAUCAGUGGGAUAAACAGCAUUCUUGAACAUGACAAGAAGUAUUCAGUUAGUGACAAUUCAAAUCAUGCCUCUAGUAUUGGGUGCAAACUCUCAUCAUCAUCUCUGCUGUCAUCUUCUGUUAAUAGUAAUAAUCUAACUUCAUCCACUAAGUCUGAAUCAUCUUCUUUAACUUCUCUCACUUGUCAAUCAAAUCUUAUGACAUCAUCAAAAGACCAAGGAAAUACUCAGACCAAAGUAGGAUUGCCAUGGAGCCCUGUUGAUAGAAGCCAUUCAUCUACAUUACAAAAAUUCACCCAGACAAAGAAAGUGGGAACAACACAUAUCUUCCCUGAUAACCAAAAAAAAUUGGGAAGAGUAGAAAAUGGCAGUGUUACCAGUUCUUCUUCUUCUUCAGCUGAUGUAGUAGCAGUGAGUACAAGUGCAUCUCUGCUUCCUGGGAGACCAGACACAGAAGGUACUAGUAACAAGCUUAGUGGCAGCAAUCUGUUAACACACUCCUCUGUGACCACCACAUUACCUUCAUCCGCACAGCAUGUGCUUCAGCAUGGAAAAUCUGCAGAGAAUCUCCAUGCGUCUGCCCAGCAGCACACAAACACCAGGUUUGAUGCACAGAAAGGUGCACCUCCACCAAAUGGAACACUCAAGAAGUUCAAAACAGGAAAGGAGCAGCUUGAGUUGGUACCACCAGUAUUAUCUUCACAGCCACCAUCACCGUUAACUGGAUCAUUGCGAUGUGGCUCACUUGACUCACUACAGGAAGCAUAUAGCAGUGAACUUCCACAUAGUGACAUCUCUGAUGAUGGAGGUUGCUUCUUCUCCUGGACCCGCAAGAUUCUUGCCAUUAACAAAAAAAUAUCUAGACAGGCAGCUAGCCCGAGCCUAUGGUGCUUCCUGUCACAUUUACAUCCACAAACAACCUUCAUCAGCAAACCCUCAAGCACCACUACCGCCACCGGCAGCCCUGGUUGCCCCAUCAACAGCAGCAGCAGCACUGCCCACCACCAUCACCACUACCACCAUGCAGGCCUCAAGUUUGCACCAUCAGAAGCAUUAGGCAGGUUGCGGAGAGGCAGUGACUUACUAGUGAGUCUGACAUCAACCUUUGACCGGAAGCUUAAAUCUCUACUCAGUGCGACAACAGCAGCAGCAGCAACAACAACAACACUAACAACAGCAGUUGAAGCUGUCACUGAUGCAACCACUGCUACAGAAAUUAAAGCUAGUAACAGGACUCAGGAACCCAGUAAGCUGCCACAAGAGAAAGAAAAUGCAGCAAGCAGUAGUGAUGACAAGUCAUCUGUGAGUGCAGUAGGAAGCUCAGAGAUAUCAAUAAGUAGUCUACUGGAAGCUUCAACAGUUACAUCUACCAACACUGAAAGGAUAUCAAUACAGCCAGCAGGAGCAUUUACAACCACUGCCACAACUAUCUUCCGAGACCCUAGCCUUCAUCGCAGGAAGAGUGCCUCUGCUGCUUGUAAAGGGCAGAAACAUGAUGCUGUUGGAAAGGAUGAAGAUAAGCAAGUGGAAACAAAGAAACAAGAUUAUCUAGUUAGGGGAAGAUCUCGUGAGAGCAGUUCUGUUUCCAGUAGGAAGAGUUUCCCUCAUCUGGAGCAGAAAUCAUUACAUGGAGGCAAGAACUGUGAAAAGAAAAAUGAAAAUGAUGGAACUGUCUCUGAUAAUUUAAAAAAGGUAGCAAAUGACAGAAGCGCAGUUGCAAGACCCAAAAGUAUAGACUCCGUGACAAAAUCAGAAAAGACAGAAUCAUCACAUAGUAGUAGGCUCAGACGAUCUGAAUCUCUAACAAAAUCAGAGAAAGAAGAAGGAAGUGCUGCCAGUAUAAAACUGAAACGCUCAGAAUCAUUGACUAAGGCAGAUAAGCAGGAGACAACAGCUGUAAACAGUAGACUUAAACGUUCGGAGUCUUUGACAAAGGCUGAAAAGAGUAGUGAAACAACUUUGGCAAACACUAAACUCAGACGUUCUGAGUCACUGUCAAAAGCAGAGAGAACUGAGACAUCUUCAAAUACAAAACUCAGACGUUCUGAAUCACUCACUAAAGCUGAAAGAUUAGAAUCACCAUCAAACACAAAGUUAAAACGUUCUGACUCAUUAACAAAAACUGAAAAAACAGAAUCUAACAUUAGCAAACGUAGGCAGCAAGAGAUACAAAUUUCUAGCUCUGGUUUUAAAAGUUCCAGUAGGGGAAACAAAGAAAAAGAAAAUAUAGCAACAAUUCUGACAAAACUGAAACGAAAGAAUGGAAUGCCUGAACGUUCCAUUAAACGUCGUCACACUGUAGGAGGGACCAAGGACUUUGACAAGCUCCAUUGGUUGGACAAUCGGCUGCAACAUGAACAGCUUGCAGAGAAUGAGGCAGCCAGUGCUGUUUCCAUGACAACUGUAAGCAAUAAGGAACGCCGGUGUCUCCGAACAAGUUCGCCCGACCUCAGUUCAUCACGCCUCAGCGGAAUAUUGGCACAGGAUGGAUUUUUGUUUGAGAUUAGCCUGCUUGGCAGUGGGGGCAUCAUGGCAGAACUCAGGCAGCACCUCUCACCAGUUACAGGUCGUCCACACAGCCUCCCAGAUCCAAAUCUAGCCUCAAGAGUAUUCAAAGUACCCUUAGAGUCCCAUGUAUAAAACAUCAAGAGAUCAGCUUAUGCAUUACAUUGCCUGAGGAAUCUCACAGAUUAUUGUUUCAUUUGAAGGUGAGUCAGAUUAUGCUGAAUCCAUGCAAGGCUCUUUUUUCUUUCCUCAGUCUUUUAAAUAUUAAGUAUAAAUUACCCAUGAUAACAAGUAUGUCAUGCCACCAGUUUCUGAUUCUGUACAGAAAUGAAAAUGCAGUCCAAAAGUGAUUUACUGCCAUAACAAAGCGACUCCAGGAUUCAGUUAAUUGGACAAGGAGUGAAAAUAUUGUGACGUUUUGAAAGUAUUUGGAACAGAGUUGAGCAUACAACCAACACAUGUCUCAAAGUACUAGCUAUUCUGACUACAGCUCUGCAACAAAAAUUUUAAUUAUACACCAGUUUUGGAUUUUUAUUCUCAAAUGAGAAUGGUCCACAAUUAUGAAAAUUAGUAAACUUGUCUUUAAUGGUUUAAAAUGGCUGUUAUAUUUGAUAACAUCUCUUAAUUGCGUGCUGAUAAGAUACCAUGCAUAUUGAGUUUGGAAGGUUUAUAGACACUUUUUAUAUAUUAUGAAUGUAUUUUUUCUUUCCUUUAUUGCAUGUGAAGUACAUCCAAGAAGGUCGUUUAUUGUUCAGAUUUUUCUUAAUUUUACUUUGUCAACAGUAGGCAUUUUUGUGUCAUUAACAAGAUCCUGACACAGAACAUUGCAGCUGAAUGGUUAUCCCUGCUGCUUCAUAUUCAGGAGGGGUCCCAGGUUCAAAUCUCAGCCUGGUGACUGGCUAUUCUGAUUGACAGUUUUCAUGGUUUUCCUCAGUUUCUUCAGGCAACUGCUGGUUUAGCACCAUAAAUUAGGUUAUGGCCAUGUUCUUCCUAUUCUUUCAGGUUCAUUUUUCGUAAACCGACUUAUCAUUCGGUACUAUAUAUUAUGAGUUCCUUGACGUGUGACAAUUGCAACACAUCAUCCAUGUUAUGUUAUUGAAAUGUUAUUUUAUAAAGACAUUGUAUUUUAAUUAAUAGGCAUUUGGAUUUAUCAUGAUUUGUACACUAACACACAUUUUUAAUCUUUGGAAACAUCCCAAGAAAAGUAGGUAUAUAAUAGUCAAUUACAUGAAUGAGAAAUAUAGCCUAAAUAUUGCAUAUCAGUACAUAGCGCUGUGAAGUUGUAAGGAAAAACUGGUAUAUAGAUUGUUAUUUUGUUUUUCUGUUGCUAACUCAAAGCUUUAGUUGAGAUUUUGCUCUCAUCUUUACAGAUUCCUGUGUGUGUUUAUUGAUGAUGUAAGUCUGUGUGUAUCUGUGUUUUCUGUUCUGUUAUUUUUUUUCUUUUGUUUAUGUGAAGAAUGUGGAAAACUGAUAGGUUGAAGAAAUGCAUGAACUAAGCAGUGUGGAGCCGAGCUGUAUGUGUCCAACUUUGUGCACAGUAUGAAGUUUCUCCAGAACUGUUUCAAAGAGGAAGAUUCAGUGAGGUAGGUUCAGAUAUUGUUGAGAUAAUCUGAACAAAGCAAUCUUUUUGUGAUACAAAACCUUUUUUUUUUUUUUUUUUUUCCCAUAGAUGUUUAUAUAUAUAUUAUAAUAUUGUGAGGUGAUAACAACAAAGAGGGGAAUUCUUUUAUAUAGACCGUCCAUAAAAGAAAGAAGGGAGGGGGGAAGAAAAAAUUGUUAUUUUUGUUUUCAAAAUGCCUUAUAGUCUGAUAAAAACACCAACUGCAAGUGGGUGAAUGAAAGCUUUUAAAUUAAUGUAUGUAUUGUAUAUUUAUGUUGCAAUUAUAAGGUGAGCUUGUGCAGAGGAAAUGGAAGUCCACGUGUAUAAUUUUUGUGUGUGAUAUUGUGAUGGCAUUUCUAUAGGGCUGGGGGAAUUUCGAAGGUGGAGAAUCUCUAAAACUGAAUGAGAAGCUUACUAGAGUCAGUUAAUGUAAAAAUGCGCACUCAUUUUGUGAACUGUUUUACUUGUAUGGUCUUUUUUCCCUUGUAAAUAUAUGAGCUCUGAAUACUU